AUAGAUAUAUAUAUAUACUACCUAUGAAGUUAUAAAUAUUUGUAUUUUUGCGCAUCGGUUUUAUUGCUUUUGAUUGCUUUCAUUUUAUUAAUUUAGUUCUUAUUCUGGCACACUUAAAAUAUUUUAAAUAAUCAUAUACAUAUAUAUAAUAGAGAUAUUAACGUGAAUAACGGUUCAUUCAGUAAAGUAAUUAUAUAUAAAUAUUCAUAUACAUAUUAUUAUACUGAGUAUAGAAGAAAGGCGUCCUUAUAUUUACCUUAAACAUUACUCUCUCACUCUCUUCAUUUUGCUUUCUUAUGUAUUUUCAAUUACAAUGCUAGCAGUAUGAUUACAUUAUUAGAAUUAAAUUUGUAACGUGUGUGUUGUUGUUUUCUAAGCAUUAGACUCUAAUAUUUUACAAACUUGUUUUUCAAACAUAUUUACAUACAUACAUACAUACAAUAAAUAUUACAGGUACAACAUAUAUUUAUAUGUAUAGGAAGGAUAAUAACUGCGUUUUAUUACGGGAAGAGAUUGAGUGCGGAACGAUUUCACUUAUAAAAGCCAGAUUCUUUGUUUGAUAUAACAGAUGAGCCGACAAGUUCGUACCGUUUUAAAAAACAUUUAUAGCGACCUAUAACCAACUAUGGUAACAUGUAAAUUUUCCUGCCUUGUUAAAUUGAGUCUAACUAAAUUUUAAGGAAAGAGUAAGAUCUCCAUAUAAACUUCUAGAAUACCAAAUACCUUUACAGAAUAAUAUGUUUUUGUCCAUAUGGUAGUUUUAAAGAUUUUAUUCAAGUACAUAAUCUUGAAAUCUGUAUAAACUAAAUCUGAUCAUUUAACACAUUAACACAAGUGCUCGCCGUUUUCUAUUUUACAUUAUAGUUUUCAGUUUUCACCCGCUCUAAUAAGGCUCUUUAAAUUCAUCUUAUUAUGCAGCUAACAGAUUUUCCACAUUUGAGACUGAUAUCCAGGGCAAAGGACACUUUUAUAUAGACACACACCGACACAUUUGCCCGGACGUUGGUUGCAUAAAUGGCAUGACGUCUUCUGUCACAUUUCUGGGUAUUAUUCUAGGUACCAUAUUGUAGAGCGAUUAUGUAUUCUAUGCAGGUAAAUUUUGUAGUUUGAAAUUUGCAACGAGUUAACAGUGUCUUUGGUUUAAUGUAAUACACAACUUCUACGCAUCGUUGAGCUUUUGAAUUGGAAACUGUCAAGUGUUCCUUCUAUCCGCUUUAUUGAGGAUUUUGUGUUAAUUUUUUUUUUAUUAUCCUUAAAACAUAUUUACAUAUUUGUUUGUUGCUCUUCAUCUGUUGGCCAGUUGGAUAUAUAAGUUGGUGAGUUUUAGUCAACAUUCUUUUAGUCGUCGCCAUUGCGUGAUAACGGUAGUAAUAUUCACUAAGAAGGUGCUGUGAUUUAAGGAUUGAAUAUUUUUGUUUGAAAUUUUGUUCCAAAAUUGUAACAUUUGACCAGUGUUUCUAUGAGUGCAUUUGACAAUAGAUCAGAGUGGAAAUGCAUUAUAAAUUACACUCUUUUAUAAUUUUCUUGUGCAUUUUCAUUUUCAAUUUGCACAAACCAAUGACGACUAGCGCAAUGUAUUCUAAAUACUUAAAUAUACCGAUGGAGGAUCCGUUCUAUGAACUGGAACCAAAUGCGCUUUUCGAAAGCAAGCGUUCGAUGACUUGUGAUUCGUGUGGCAACGAGUGUACGAAUGCUUGUGGCACGAAGAAUUUUCGCACUUGCUGUUUCAAUUAUUUGCGCAAGCGAAACGACCCCAACGCCAUGAAAUCGGUCAGUAAUAAGCGUCUCAUCGACUUUAUACUUCUACAAGGUCGGGCCGCAAUGUACACCUUGGAUGAGCAUAAUAACAGUGGUGGUGUAGGCAUCGAUGGGAGAGUUAAUAGUGCCGAUGGCAAAGGUUUGGACGCAGUUGAGAAGACUUAUGAUGCCACUGGCAGGCGAAGACGGAUGGACGGGGGCAUACAUUUUCCACACAGAGUUGUAUGAAGUGGUUUCUAGUGUGAGCGAUGUUAAAUUUUGAGACUCAAAAAUCUUUUAAAUCGAAUAAUAUUUUCUGGCUGGACUGAAAAGACCAGCUCAAAAAUAUCUGCUGCUUGAAAUGUUGUUUUUAUAAGGAAUAAAUAGCAAUUGCUUUCUAAAAAGCUUGAAUAUAA